AUGGCGUCGUGCUCUGAGGCCUGUAACUCAUCUGGAUGUGGGGCAGGGUCCUCAGGCUGUGGGGUAGGUUCUAGCUGUGCCUGUCUGCAGUUUGGGGUGCGUUCCUACCUGCACCAUUUCUACGAGGGGUGCAGCACUGCGUCAGGGUGGGAUAGAGACCCUGAGGGAGACGUCCAGACCUUGAGAUCGCCCCCGAGGUGGAGCUCAGCACUCUGGAAGGUCUCUCUGGCCCUUGGUCUCCUGAUGGUGACCUCUGGUCUGGUCAGUCUGUCCGUGGGUUACUCCGGCCCCUCCAGGAUCGAGUCCUUCGGGGAGGGGGACCUCCUCUUCAUAGACACCCAGGCUGUCAGCUUUAACAGGGGUCUGCAUCACUGCGUGGCGGCCGGGAUCGGUCUCACCUGCCUGGGUACGGGUCUGACCGUGGCGGGCCUCCUUUUCUGGUCCUUCUCUAGGAGCCGAUUGAAAGAGAGGCUAUAUCGGAGAGAGAGUGAGAAGGGAGGGGUGGAGUGUGGAAGGAAAGGAGGGACAGAGGGGGGGGCACAGGGGGAGAUGGGGACGGCUGUUAUGAAGGCCCCUGGAGCAGGGGAGGGGAAGGUGCCUGCCACCCUGUCCAAAGUGGAAACGGUACAGCCAUCAGGAAGAGAAUCCCCAUAG